AUGAUGACCCGUCGCCAGGAUGCCUACUACCGCUACCCAACCACGUCGACCAUCGUCGCGUCGGCGCCAAUGCCCACCGGCCACCACGUCCUCAGGAUCGACGGCUACUCCCUCACCAAGGCCAAGUUCGCCGCCGGCGAAGAAUGCGACGAGUCGUGCAGCUUCGUCGUCGGCGGCCACGCCUGGCGCAUCAGGUACUACCCCAACGGCGCCGUCGUCUCCGGCUCCGGUGGCUUCGUAUCCCUCAUGCUCUCCCUUGAUCAUCAGCCCGGCGCCGCAUUGCCGGCCGCCGUCGUCAAGGCGCGGUUCGCGUUCAGCUUGCUCGACAUGGACGGCGAGCCGGUGCCGUCGCGCACCUACGCGAGCGACGGCGUGGUCAGCUUCAGCGCUAAUUCGUCGAGCACGUUCGGGGCGGAGAGGUUCAUCGGCCACGGCGAGCUCGAGGCGUCGGGGCACCUCACCGGCGACCGCCUCGCCUUCCGGUGCGAUGUCACCGUCGUGAAGCGCGACGGGCCUCCGACGAUGUCGACCCUCUGCCCGGUGGAGCACGACAUGUUCAGAUGCCUGCUCGACACCGGGGACGACGCGGACGUCGCGUUCAGGGCCGCCGGCGGCGAGACGAUCGCCGCGCAUAGGCGGGUGCUCGAGCGACGGGCACCGGAGCUGGCCAAGCUCUGUCGUCGUCGCGGCGGCGCCUCCUGCUUCAUGGGACUCGUCGGGAGGCACAUCGACGUCGGCGACAUGGACGCCGCUGCGUUCAAGGCUCUGCUUCACUUCGUGUACACCGACACGCUGCCGGAGACGAUGGCCCCGCGAGAGGUGCCGGCCAUGGCGCCGCAGCUGAUCGCGGCAGCGCGUAAAUACGGCUUGGACUGGGAGAGGUUGAGGCUCCUCUGUGAGGACAAGGCGUGGGGAUGGCGCGUCGACGACACGAGCAUGGACACGACGGCGGCGGCUGCUCCGGCUACCGGCGAUGAUCCGAAGCGUAGCCAGCGACGUCUUCCAUGGUUUAUAAGGAAAUGUUUUUAA